AUGGCUUCGCGUGGUUCUCGUGGCUUCCCACAGUUCCACGACGGUGACUGCGAGAUAUGGUUGACAAGAGAGGAAAAGUUGGUCCUUCAUGGGGCCGUGCUGCGGAUCCACUCGGACUUCUUUAAGGCGGCCCUUGACGAGCGCUGGAGUAACAGCGCUCCAUCUGCGAACCCUGCGACAUUAAAUGAUGGCAGGCUACCUCUCUUUGGCAUCGAAAACCUGUCAACAACCAAGCGAACGACAAUCUUUGAACUCCGCUUCGAGAAGGACAGUAGCGGGGGCCAACUGUAUCGCAAAGGCGUCGCAUUAGACAACCGCUUCCAAAACAAUGCAUGUGGACAUAGGUCGAAGGAGGCAUCAGCGGCGAGCUCAGAGAUGGCGAGCGGCAGUCCCGGUGCUGCGAGGCUUACCCGCAUCCGAGCGCACAAAGACAUGCUUGGCACACUCUAUCAUUGGGUUCCUUCAAUUGCUGGGAAGGCUUUCAAUAAGACCAGGAUCGCUGUCGAGGCCUUAGCCAAGUGCGUGCGGAAGGAGGCCCUUGCUAGUUGUGCUAGAGAGCCUCUAAGAAUGCUUCGAUUCGCUGUUGCAGUCAAAAGUGAGUGGGCUUGUAUUGAGGCUGCGACCAAUGUUAUAGGCAGGGGCCACAAAUUCUGGAAAGAAGCUACGGCGGUCUUCGAGGAACUCGGCAUCGGAGGAAUGAUGGCUGUGAAGCGCGACGUCUUCAUUCGGAAGUUAAAGGACUGCGACUGGGAACUCUUCAACACCAGCACGAAGUCUGCCGACCGUGAUCAUACCGAGCAAUUGGCCGUUCAUUUCUUCCACCACUGGCUCCGGGACAAGCUUUCUCAGAAGUUCGGCUCUCGCCUCGACCAAAGUUUCGAACGGCUCUAUCACUAUAUUGCCAGCGAGGAGUGCUAUCCAAGUUUGGUCCGCAAGCAUAGAUUUCGCAAGUUUUUAAAAGAAUCCAAUCUCGAUUCGAAGUACGAGGAGGCCUGCACGCAAGAUCAAGCCCUUGACGUGGUUUGGCUAGAAGCCAGAAAGAUCGUGGAACCGUUACUCGUGGACCUUACCGAGCUGGGGAAAGAGAGACGUGACGUAUGGCAAACUCUGACGUGCGUGACGCUGGAACGCGGUGACUUGCCAUGGGUGAAGAACGAGGAGCGAUAG